GCAUUACAUCCUGAGCACCAGCAACGGUGCCGGGAGGAGAUCCAGGAGAUCCUGGGGGACCGGGAGAUGCUGCAGUGGGAGGACCUGGGCAAGAUGACUUACAGCUCCAUGUGCAUCAAGGAGAGCCUUCGCCUUUACCCGCCAGUGCCCGGCGUGUCCCGGCAGCUGAGCAAACCCAUCACCUUCCCCGACGGACGCACUUUGCCAGAAGGUGCCAUUGCUGCAAUAAGCAUUUAUCUCAUUCACAGAAACCCUGCGGUAUGGAAAGACCCUUUG